CUCUCCUCGAGCACAGUUGCAGAUCAAUCAUCACAACACCCCCCCUCCCCUGCACUCACCAUGCCUUCCACAUACAACAGGGAAAAGGCGUGGGAUACGGAAGACAUCGAUAAAUGGAAGAUCGAUGCCUUCAACGCCGAGGACAAUGUCGCCGGUAGUUUCGCAGAGGAGUCCUCCUUCGCGACACUCUUCCCCAAGUACCGAGAAGUCUACCUGAAAGAGGCAUGGCCCCUCGUCACCAGAUCGCUCGAGAAGUUCGGAAUCGCCUGCACCCUGGAUUUGGUCGAGGGUAGCAUGACGGUCAAGACGACCCGGAAGACGUUCGAUCCGGCUGCAAUUCUCAAGGCCCGUGAUCUGAUCAAGCUGCUGUCGAGAAGUGUGCCCGUGCAACAGGCCUUGAAAAUCCUCGAAGACGACGUUGCAUGCGACAUCAUCAAGAUCCGCAACCAAGUGCGCAACAAAGAGCGAUUCGUCAAGCGUCGCCAACGUAUUCUCGGUCCGAACGGUUCCACUCUCAAAGCGCUCGAGCUUCUCACCAGCACCUACAUCCUGGUCCAGGGUAACACGGUGGCGACCAUGGGACCCUUCAAGGGUUUGAAGGAGGUCCGCCGCAUCAUCGACGACUGCAUGGCCAACAUCCACCCAAUCUACCACAUCAAGGAGCUGAUGAUCAAGCGCGAGCUGGCUAAGGACCCGACUCUGGCCAACGAAUCCUGGGACCGGUUCCUGCCCAACUUUAAGAAGCGCACUCUGUCCAAGCGUCGCGUGCCGUUCAAGGUCACCGACAAGGCCAAGAAGGUGUACACACCUUUCCCGCCCGCGCCCGAGAAGAGCAAGGUCGAUCUGCAGAUCGAGUCCGGCGAAUACUUCCUGUCCAAGGAGGCCAAGGACCGCGCGCAGAAGGAGGAGGUCAUGGAGAAGCAGCGCGUCAAGCGCGAGGAGAAGAUGAAGGAGCGCGAGAAGGCCUUCGUCCCACCCGAGGAGGUCGACGCCGCGGAGAAGUCCAAGAAGGGGAAGAAGGAGAAGAAAGAGAAGAAGAAGCGGAAGCGCGACUCCGAGGCCGCCGAGAUCGAUGUCGAUGCCUCCGAGCGGAAAGAAAAGAAGAAGAAGAAGAAAUCCAAGUCGAAAGAGGACGCAUCGGACUCAGACGCCUGAUCCGUCGUCUUUCCCCCUUGUUUUCUUUUUCUUUUUUUUUUUUUCUCUCUUGUGUGCUCCUUCCGGAUUACCCUUCGUGUGUAGUACUUUCGAGAUAAGGCGCUUAGGCAUAGCAUGGGCUGGAGUUUCUUCUCUUCUUUUUAUUUUUCUCUUGUCGUCCAUCCCUUCUCUGUCUUUGUGGGGAAGGAGAAAAAAAGCCUAUAUAUCGUGGUCAUGUAUACUUAUUGCGGAAGAGCUGUGUUGCUGCUUUGCUACCAGACUCCUUUGAUCUGAAAUCCAAUAUGAAUGUCUUGC